AACCACAACUCUUAUCCAAUGUCAUACUGUGUGUACUCAUAAAGUACCAUAGCCAUAUUUUGACAGGUCAUUUUUCCAUAGCUACAAGAGGUUAACUAACAAUAACAUUAUCCUAAACAAAAUCUAACAACAAAAUAAAGCAUUCAAAUCAAGUCACAGAUACAAAUAUCUAAAAUUGAUAAAAACUAAAGCCAAAGCUUAAUCAAGAAAGCACUCAUUAGUACUAGUACUUUACCUUUUCCUUGUUUUCUUCACCCAACCAAAACCUCACUCUUCCCUAUACAUAAAUUAAAUCGCCUUCAAACAAAAAACAACAACAACAACAACAAUUGAUUCUUCUCCUCUUUACACCAUCAUGUGCUUACACUGUCCACACACAACAACAACAACGUCAUCACCAACACAACAUAACAUAACAUAACAUAACAACCUCUCUCUUCAUUCUUACACAGACAGAACACAAACAACACUUGAAAUGGAUUCUUCUUCUUAUCAUCGACGACGACACAGAACAUGGUGUUGUUCUUUCGCUGUUCCACCUUCAAGCCCAGAUAACCCACCCAUCAAACCACCAAAGCCCAAAACCCAAGCCCAAUCAAAGCCCACCAAUCUCUCUUCCUCCUCUGUCCCUAAUUCCCCUCAAAGCUCCAAAUCCAACUCCCGCAUUCCCUCUCGUAUCGACCCUCGCCGGAUCUUAUCUCCCGGGAGAGUCUCCCCCAUCGAAGACACUCUCCCCGAUCCAUCUCCGCUUCUCAAUUCCGUCCCUCACUUAAGAUCUCGAAGCUUCCGUGCACCUGUUUCUGCUCCCAUUCCACCGCCGCCGAUGAACGCCGGUGUCGGAGUCGGAGUCGGUGAUGGUUUUGAUGUGAGGAUGAGUUUGAGAGGGAAAAAUGGUGGUUGUAUUGUUCUGGAGCUGAAUUCGGUUGUUCUUUGUGCUAAUUCAGAGGUUUUUGCUGGGUUAAUUGCGGAUUAUAGAAAGGGUAGUAAUAGUAGUAAUUGUUCGAGUGGUAGUAGUAAUAAAAUGUGUAGAAUUGAAGUUCCUGAAGUUGAUAAUUUGGGUGUUUUUAGAGAAACUAUUGAGCUUAUGUUUGAAGAUGAUGUUCCUAAAAAGCUUCUCAAGAUUGGUGUUUAUCGUUCCAUUGAUGUUUUGGAGGUGUCUGCGGGCAUCAUGUUCACCAAGGGUGUUUUGUCCUGUUUACAAUACCUUGAGGCUGUUCCUUGGACAGAAGAGGAAGAAGAGAAAUUAAGAAACCUAUUCACAAGAUUUAAGUUUGAUGACGAAACUACAAGGGACAUUUUGGGAAGGCUUUACUUGCAUGAUUCAGAAGAUUCCCAACCGAAUGUAGCUCGACAACUUGUUUGUUCCAUCACCACCUGUGUCAAUGCCAAUGCAAGAAAUGAAUUGAAAUCGCUGGUUAAAGGUCUUCUUUGUAAAAGCUCGGUGUAUGAGAAGAACCAUCUUGACCUAAGCAAAGACGAUCUCUAUUCUGUUUGUCACUCGUGUAUUGAUUCACUGAUCAGCCUCUUUGAGGAGGCAUCCAACACCGCCAAUCCUGAAAGGUUGACAAAGAAAGAUACGAAUAAACCAAUGAUCGAACGCAUCUCAAGACAAGUUGAUAACAUCAACUGGUUGUUGGAAAUCAUGCUUGAUGGACAGAUAGCAGAGGAUUUUGUGGAUAUAUGGUCUGAUCAGCAUCAACUUCUUAAAAUGCAUGAUAAUGCAUCACCUAUGGUUAGAUAUGAACUCAGCAGAGUUUCAGCAAUUCUGUUUGUUGCCAUGGCUACGAGAAAAUUGCAAUGCCGGUUGGAAGCUAGAUCGGGGCUUCUUCAAGCAUGGUUUGCGCCUAUGUUGUUAGACUUUGGUUGGCUUCAGAGAUGCAGGAAAGGGCUUGAUAUAAAGGUAUUGCAAGAAGCUAUGGGUCAGACACUUCUUACUUUGCCUUUAAAGCAACAACACACUUUGUUCAUGGAAUGGUUUCACCACUUCUCAAGACACGGCACUGAAUGUCCUAAUCUAAGCAAAGCAUUCCAAAUUUGGUGGCGAAGAUCGUUUCUAAGAGGCUCUGAAACUUAUGCCAUUGAAUCAAGGUAAAGAGUAUCACUAUUUGUUUGUCACUUUAACUGUUUGUGUACCGUGUAAAGAUUUGCCAUUAGAGUAAGGGGUUCUGAACUAUGUACACUGAAAUAACAUAGAUAAAACUUCAUAGAUUGUUGUAUUGGCGAGUUAAUGCCUAAAUGGUAUGAAUUUUCUAGGAGAUUUUUUAUUCAUCUUUAUCUAUUUUCA